AUGGGCCGACACGCCAAUCCCGAUAUUCGAAGAGCUUUCGCCGAGUAUCAGGAUCAAGACACUCCCUCCAAGUGCAACAAAGUCCGCUGCCUCCACUGCGGCUACGUCCGCGCCAAAAAUACCACCCGCCAGAUCGAACACCUACAGGAAUGCCAGGCGUACCUCAGCUCUCCCGAUGCCCAAGCGCACGCCGCCAGUCAAGCCGCCGCCGAGACCAGCGCAAUUGACCCCAGCAUGACGAGCAACCCGCAGAACAACAUCCUAAACGGCACGCAGCCGAACCCGAACCUCCAAAUCCACCGCCGCGGCCCCAACCAGAACAAGCGCACACGCGACGGCCAUCCAGUCCUAGCCUCGGCGCCGCCGCAAACCAUCAUCCCCUCCCUUACCGCCCACCUCCUCGCCACAACCCACGGCCCCUUCACCGCCGCAACACAGCAGCCCUUCCUCUCACACGCGGGCUGCGGUAACCUCUCCGCCGCGCCGCUCUGCCAAUGGCUCGUCCAAGACGCGCACUACGCGCGCGGCUACAUCCGCUUCAUCGGGCAGCUCCUCGCCAAAAUCCGGCUGCCCCCCGUCGCGAACAGCCAAUUCCACCCGCUGUACCGCACUAUGGACCUCCUGAUCUCGGCGCUCAACAACAUCAGGCGCGAGAUGUCCUUCUUCGAGAUCACGGCGACCAAGUACGGGUUGCAGCUUACGCAGGACCCGCCGAACCCGAUCACCCGCGCGUAUCUGGAUCUCUUUCUAGGCGCGUCGAGCGCGAGUGCGAGUUUGCUGGAGGGAAUGGUCGUGCUGUGGGCGACGGAACAUUGUUAUCGGACUGCGUGGAUGUAUGCGGCGAGUUUUAGCCACUCGCUGUCCACGCCGUCGACGGAGAGCCAUAUCGUGGCGCUGCAUCAGGCGCUGAUACCCAACUGGACGUCCUCGGCUUUCAGUAAGUUCGUGGACGCGUGUCGGAGCCUCGUCGACGAACUGGCGAACUCGCAGACCAGCCCGAAUGGCAAGGAAGAGAUGCAGCGGUGCGAACAGGUCUUCCGCCAGAUCUGCUGGCUGGAAGAGCGGUUUUGGCCGGACGUCGAUGGCAUGGGCGAGGAGGAUGAGAGCCGUUUGAGCGCGAUGAGGGAUUCGGGGAUUGGGGCGAGUGGGUUUGACGGACAGGCGGGUGGAGGCGCGGGGGUGAGUGUGGGGGAUCCGGUCGUGUUGGAUGGGAUGGGAGAUGCGGGGGGGCAGGAUCAGGGGGUUGCGUAG